CUUCGGAAGAAAGUUUUUUUAUGAAACAGCUGUUCUAUUGUGACAGUUAUUCUGUCCAAGUGUCCAUACUCCCUCGAUAGGAUCUCGGCAAUUAUUAAUUCAUGUCCCGACGAUGUGAUUGACUGAAUUUUCGAGUUUUAACAAUGAAAUAAACAGAAUCGCCGUUGUUCCUCGGACAGACAUGUGAUAACAGCUACGAAUCUAACCUCAAAAAGUUGAGAUUUCAAUCUUUACACCUGUCAAAGAUCUCAGAAAUUUGCAACAAUGUUCAACGCUUUCAAGAGGUUAGCUGGGAAGUCAGAAGGAACGACGAGCUCGUCGCCGAGACCAGCUCAUCAAUCCAUGCCUUCAACUUUACAGCGGAAAUUUGCUAAAGGAGUGCAGUAUAAUAUGAAAAUAAUAAUAAAAGGAGACCGGAAUGUUGGGAAAUCUUGCCUAUUUCACCGCCUUCAGGGACAGAAAUUCAUAGAAGAGUACAUUCCUACAGAGGAGAUAAGAGUAGCGAGUAUUCAGUGGAAUUAUAAAGCAACGGAUGACGUAGUUAAAGUGGAAGUGUGGGAUGUAGUGGAUAGAGGAAGAAGACGUCGAAAAAUGGAUGGUCUCAAGAUGGACAACAAAGCGCCGUCGGAGAGUCUAAGUAUGGAGGAGCCAGCAUUGGAUGCAGAAUUCUUAGACGUUUACAAGGGAACAAACGGUGUGAUAGUGAUGAUGGACGUGACAAAAACCUGGACUUUUGAUUAUGUGCAGAGAGAAUUACCGAAAAUUCCAGGUCACAUACCGGUGAUAGUGCUCGGCAAUCACUGUGACAUGUCACAUCACAGAAGCGUGACGGCUGAUCACGUGACGUAUUUCAUAGAUUCGUUGAGCGAACGAAGCGCACAAGUGAGAUACGCUGAAUCCUCAAUGAGAAAUGGUUUUGGCCUAAAAUUAUUGCACAAAUUUUUCAAUCUUCCAUUUUUACAAUUGCAACGUGAGACGUUACUCAAACAGUUGGAAACUAACGAAGAGGAGACACAUUUGACCGUCCAAGAGCUCGAUUUGUUUCAGGAUAGCGAUGAUGCAGAUUAUAACAAGUUUUUGGAUAAUCUCGUUAAUCGUAGACGAGCUAUCGCUGAUUCCACUUCUGCAACUGUCCUCGUGCCUAACGUCACAUCCUCCUUGAGCAGUGCUCGUCAUCCCGUUAACUCCAACCAUAUUCCACAGCCGCUUGGCGACGUCAGACGGUCGGCCUCCAUGCCAGGACCGAUUGGCGGUGGAACACCGAUCCCAGCAAUGAAAACACUGGAAUUUAAAACCACAGCCAGGCGAGAAAGCUUGUACUCAAAACAGACUGAAAUUUCACCGAAUCUAACUUGCCCUGGACAAGUCUCGUCCUCCACAGCCUCGCUGGCGUCUAGAUCCGACACGAACAAAUCCGGGGAGUCUGUUCCCGAUGGUGCUCCCGAUGGAAAGGACCUCGGAGGCACGAGGUCACAGUCUUUCAUGUCGAAAAUAUUUGGGAACAAAAAGGAAGAAGAAAACGAACGAGCUGGUGGCAACUUCGGUGCGCCUAUUAUCAGCGUCGAGGACUUUGUCCCCGACGAUGGUGUGCUAGAUCGAUCGUUCCUCGAUGACAAUCAACCCUCACCACAGAAAACACAAAAUCAAGCUCGCGACUCGGACAGCGAUACGGAAACUGCGAAUCCUCUUGUCGCCGGCUACGAAGACGAUUUAUCCUCCGCCGACGAGGCUCCGAGCUCCGUACAAAGUCCGCCUGAUUUACUAACCGAAAAUCCACUGAGCAAGCAAAAGCACAAACGCGAAUUGUUCGCCGUCGUCGAAACAACCCGCGAAGACGCAACGAAGCGCGAUUCCAUAUCGUCGACCGAGCAGGAACUCGGCGACGGGGUCGAACCCUCUGAUCUGGACUCGAGGGACGCGACCAAUUCAGAAGCCUUCGACAAUUGGCUCGGUCGCGAUUCCAAGUGGCGUCAGAGUCCCGAGGGAGGUGAAGACGUUUGCAGCAGCACAAGCACCAGAAAUAAUCGUCUCGAACUAAGCGAUAAAAGCUUGGACGUUAGUAUGACCAGCUCCAACGUUCAUCUCGAACUUCUCGACAGUACAAGUAUGAGACAAUUGAGCUCUAACGGAAGCAGUCCUGUGAUGAAAGACAAAAAGAAACACAAGGAAAAGAGCGAAGACAAGGAGAAACGAAAAAAGAAGAAAUCGAAGGACAAGGAAAAAUCGGAGAAGUCGGAGAGGAGGAAGAAACGUUCGUCAAAUCGUGCUCGCGACGAUAAGCGAGAACGGGACGAAUUCGAGGAGUUCCUUAACGGUUCGACUACGCGAGUCACCGGAAUCGACGUUGCUUACGAGGCGAUUUAGCUUUUGCCGCUUUAUAUAAUUCGGGAAAAGAAAAACAAAAUCAUGUAUUUUUCUUCCGAAAAUGUCGAUAUAAUUAUUCCUGCCGUUGGUGAAAGCAUUUUGUUGGUAGAUCGCGUAAUAAUUUCAUUACGAGCUACCAUAUUGUUAAGUUUUUACCAUGCAACUCUACCGUAUUGAAAUUAACAGAAUCAAUUUUCUAGGAUUUUCAUCGAACAGUGAAAAUUCUGGAUUUUCAUAAACAAAAUUUGAACUCGCGGAAAAUUCUUUUUUUAGUUAAACGAGGAAACCCAAUUUCAUCGUUUCUCUCGUUUUCGUAAAGUUAUAUAUAAACAUGAACUAAACUGGCUAAAAUUUCAUUCACAAUUCAUACGGCCGCAUAUCAUUUUCAAGUUCACAAAGAAACGACGAAAAUAGAUAUUCAUUUUCAUGUUAUGUUAUUUUUUUCAUCACAUCUCGUUAUAACUAAUAAUAAUAAUAUACUAUUAUAGAAAUAUAAAUAUAUCCAAUGUUGCGUCAUUACUGCGUUACCUCGAGAUUCAUUGUAAUUCAUCGUGCAUCGUUGUUGCAGCUUCAUGUUAAUAAAUGUAUAUUUAUAAAAA